UUAAAAAUAGAAACAGCUCACCAGAAGAUUCAGAUCCAUAUCGCUGCCGCUAAUUUCUGAGCUGCUCAAUCCUUUCUAGUCGUACUUCGGUUUCCCAUUUCGCUUAAAGAUGAACUUCCAAGAACGAUGUACACUUGCGGCCUUGCUGUUGGUUUUACCUGGCUUUUGUGUCUUGGAGGAUAUCAGACAUUUAAUAUGGGAGCAAUGCACAGAUGAUCUUUUUGAGCCAGAAGUAAAUGGAAUGGUUCUGAUCAACCAUUCGUUCCGCUUGCUUAAAGCAGAAAUGCCGAUUCUUUGUUUAUUUGUAUGUAAAUCGAACAAAGACUGUGUUUCGUUCAAUAUUGCUCCUUCCAAUGAAACCGAAGGAUGGUUUUCUUGUGAGCUUAAUCAGGCCGACAGAUAUAUUGCCUCACAAGAUUUUCGAGAAAGAAAAGGAUUCUCGUACAGAGGGAUAAAGAAUCCAUGUUUGAAUAACGGUCUUUGCGAAGGAAACAAGACUUGUACACGGCUAGGGUACGACCUAACGAAGUACACUUGUCUCUGCCCAAAUGGAUAUUUUGGCCAGAACUCAAUGGGUCUUUCACAGUUAACCAACUCUCUUGCUGAAGUUAAUUUAAUUUGUGGCAUAACCGUGGAAAGUCCAGAGUUAAUUUAUCCUAUUUUUGAUCCUCCAUUGCCACUAAAAAAGGAUGAUAAACUCAGAGUCUGGUUUUCUCGAGAUCUUCUCGGUUUAAUGGCAAGUGGCACUUACGGUAAAACCUGCACUGAUGUGUAUGUUAAAUUUUAA